UUGAAUUUUGCCCUCCCUAUAUGUGGAGGCUAGUCCCUCGAAAGUCGGCAUUGAUAGGAAUAUGGAAAGCUUUAUCAAAGUGAAAAUUCCCAUCAAUCACGUAAAGAAUCCAAUGCCUCGCGCUCUCCACCUACGUGUUUAUUAUAUGUUUGGGAUGCUAACCAAACAGAAAAAAAAAAAAGGCACAGCUUUCUUCUUCCUUUCCUCAUUGAUUCCAUUCGCCCCUUUUUUUUCCUCCAAUUAAGCUGUCAAAAGGUCAUUGAAGUAUUAACUCCCCAGUUCCAGAAACAGUACUGCAAUUAGAAUGGGUAAUGUGGUGGAAGUUAAGGUGGGCUUGCAUUGCGAGGAAUGUAUAAAGAAAAUAUUGAAGGCCAUCAAGAAGAUGGAAGAUAUUGAAACGUAUAAUGUGGAUACGCAACUGAACAAGGUCACGGUGACAGGUAACGUUACAACAGAAGAAGUCAUCCGAGUCCUUCGAAAGAUUGGCAAAACGGCAAGAAAUUGGGAGGGAGACGAGAUUUAUGGUUGAUCCUACUACAUGUUUGUUAAACGUGUCAUUACUUGACUAUCCCGGUUUGCUGUACUAGUUAGUAUUUUGAGGGCUGUAUUCUAUCCUCUUUUUCUUUUCUUUUUUUGGGUCAUGGUGUUGAAUUUUCUCUCUAUAUGUAUUAUUGGAACAUCCUAAAUACGAAUAAUAACAGAUUAAAUUAAAAAAAGUGUAAGAGAUCAUAAGUCUGGAUGUUAAUUUCCAUUAAAACUUGCAGAGAAUUAUAAAACCAAAUAAAGCACAAAGAAAUAAAUGUACAAAACGCAAAGCACACUAGAGUUGAGGAUUGACGCGACGGCGAGGGUCGAUUAUGUACAAAAA